AUGUCACGUUUGAUCUCGUUCAUCAUUGUGAUGGCAGUUUUGAUUUGCAGAGGUACAGCUCAAUUUCCAGACAUGACAUUCAACAGCUUUUGUCCACUGACGUCAUUGGAAACGCAGCCCGCAGUCUACAGUGACAGAUCUCCAGUCUCCAAGCCAGACAUCUCAUCUUUUUUGACAUGUGCGAUGGAAUGUUUUACAACCUCCAGUGAUAAUUGUCUAGCUUUUACUUUCAAGAAAGAAAGUUGUUGGUGGCACAAGUCACUUGCACCAAACAUUUCAACAUUUGUUCAAACUCCAGAGAACAGCUCCUCAACAUUUUAUAAAGAGAUAGCUCAGGCUGUGGUUCAGAACUUCUUUUUUGUCAUCUGUUGGGGAGCAUUUGGUCAAAGGAAUAUUGUCUGUCCUUUGAAUUUUUUUUUGAAUUUUGAAUUUGUCCGCCGUUGUCUUUACUCUCUGUCAUAUGACAUGCUGUGUGAUGAGAAAGAGAUAGCUCAGGCUGUGGUUCAGAACUUCUUUUUUGUCAUCUGUUGGGGAGCAUUUGGUCAAAGGAACGACAGCUGUCCGCCGUUGUCCUGUCUUUACUCUCUGUCAUAUGUCAUGCUGUGUGAUGAGGGCCUUUACAGGCCUCUAUUCAAGUCAAGGGAAAGAAAUAAGCAUAUGAUACUGAUGCUAACAGCAAACAAAAAUUAUUGCUCAGCAAAACCAUUAUUGAAUGAGUCAACUGCCAUCAUAAAAUGUGUACAUAAUUAG